AUGGCGGAGGCUUCCUCUUCCUCUUUACCUCCUCCAGUAUCUGCUCCUAUCCUCCCUGCUCCGCCCAUAGACCCCGUCAAGACUGCCAACAUGAGGCUCUCUCGCCCCUCUUCGCCUAUCCCACCUCCAAAGGACGCUCCUACCUCCUCUCCUCCGGCACCCCUUACGGACGCUCCCGCUGCAGAGCCACACGAGACACUCAGCGAGAGUAACUCGGACUGGGAGAAGGUGGAGGUGCCUCUCCAGUCUCCGCCGAAGCUCAAGGGGACCAAGGCGGGGCCGAAGAAGGAUGACAAGGCAGAGAAGGAGCACGGGGGGUUCAAGGGCAAGGUCGGGGAGGUGAAGCGGGUAUUGAAGACUGGGAUGUUUGGUCACUCGCCCAAAGCGGCUUCACCCAAACCUCCUAUCCCUGCACGUACCACCCAACCUCGCGUCUCGCACGCACCUCCCACGAGGAAGCCGGUUCCCUCUGCUCCUCUCGGCUCCAGCACCUCCAAGGCUCCCUCUUCCAGCACGACUACACCGGCUAGUGCUCGUACCACGUCAAACGGAACUACUCCCGCAACCAAGCCGGCCGUUCCAGGGGUCCGCGCGCGGGUCUCGACGCUCACCAAGCCCGCUUCGGCCGAGACUGUCAAGCCUACCGAGUCCGCCAAGGCGGGGACAGCCCACGUCCGGACCACAUUGGCUGGGACAAAGACGGCUGGAGGUGCUGCGGCUCGUACGGCCAAGCCUUCUCUUCCGGCCUCUACGUCGGCGAAGGCCGCUACUCGGGACACUGCCAGUCCGACCGGUAGCUCAGCCUCGACGGCCACUGCUACAGCUGCAGGCGGUGCAACGACUACCACUGCUCCAGUACGAGCAAAGGCGUCGGUCGUUCCCGCUCGGACUACUGUAGCUCCCCGGGCGGCAGCGCCCGGCCGGACAAGCCUCGCUUCCUCCACGAGCACCAAGCCUGCUUCUCGGCAACUUUCAACCGCGGGUCAGACCGAGGCGCUAGGGAAGGCCAAAGAGGAGAAGGAGGCUGCGGAGAAAGAGGUGGAGGUUCUCAAGAUCAAGGUUGGCGAGUUGGAGACUGCUCUUUCAGAGGCAAAGGCUAGUGCGGAGGGUCAGGAUGGGCAUCAUGAGCGCCAAAGGGCUGAGCUUGAAAAGAGUCACGCUCAAGCGCUUCACGAACUGCAAGAUCAGCAUGCUAGAACUACGGACCAGAAUAUCGCGGAGCAAGAAGCCAAGAUCGCUGAGCUGAAAGAGUUGCACGCGAAGGAAUUGGCGGCGUCGGACGAAAAGCGCGAAGCUCAGGCCAAGCAGGUAGAGCAACAAAUCGCCGAACUCACUGCUGCUGUGCAGUCCGUUUCCCGUCAGCACGCCGACGCGCUUCAACAGCUCCAAGCCGCCCAAGACCAGCUCCACGCAUCCAACACAGCCCACCUUGAAGCGCAAGAACAGGUCGGAAUUCUCCAGCGCCAGAUCGCCGAGUAUACAGCUGAGCGCGAGGCGCAUGCUAUCUCGCUCGCGGGCAUACAGGCGAAGUUGGGCGAGGUGGAGAAGGAGCGAGAAACAUUGGAGAGGGAGAUCAAAGAGGGGGAAGAAGAGGCAGAGCGGUCUAUGCUUGAUACGGAGAAGACUCAGGGGAAGGUGGAGCAGCUAGAGUCGGAGAUGAAGGGUCUGAAGGCGAAGGUUGCGGAGAAGGAGAAGGAGGUCGAGGGGUUGAUGAAUGAGCUGAGUGGCAAGGACGAGGCUCACGAGCGCGAUCUUGCCGGGUCGAAGAGCAAGGCUCGAGAGUUGGAAUCUACGCUGGCGAAGAGUACCGCCGGAAUAGAAGAGUAUCGACACAAGUACAAGAUUCUCUCGGGCGAGCGCGACACCCUCUCUAACCGUAUCGAAGCCCUCACAACCACGCACGCCGCCCAGGAAUCCGAUAUCCAGCGCCUCAAGUCCGAGCUGGAAGAGGCGGAAGCGGAGAACCAGAAGCUCUCGCAGACGGUCUUGGACAGUACGGCUCGGAUCGAGGAGUUGGAGUCUGCUCUGGAGGUCGCAGAGGGCAAGAUUACCACUGCGGGGGAGGAGCUGAAGGAGGUGGAGAAGAGGGAGAGGACGAUGGCUGCCAAAAUGGAUGGGCUGGAGGCUGAGCGGGUGUUCGCGCGGGAGGAGAGUGAGAAGAUGAAGCAGACGGUCAGGGAGCUCGAGAAUGAUAUCAAAGCGAAGGAGGGGGAGUUCAAGGAGAAGUAUGAUGCGCUUCUGGAGGACGCCAAGGCCAAGGCGAACGCACACCACGCCAACGAGCUCUCGGCCAUCCGGUCCCAGCUCGCAGAUACCCACACCCAGCUCACGGCCGCACAGGAAGCCGAGCUAAAGUCCACCGCGGCCAACCACGCGGCCCACAUGUCGCAGCUCAUAGCUGAGCACUCGAACGCAGUCGGCGAGCUCAAGGUGCUCUUGCACGAAGCCGAGGUGGAGCUCAAGCAGAAGAAUGGGGCGGAAGCCAAGAUGGAGGAGGAAAUGGGGCAGAUGCAGGCUGAGAUUGAGGGUUUGAAGAAGGAGCUGGACGGCGCGCGAAAGAAGGCGGAGAGCGUGAGUAAAGGGGAUGCGGAGCUGGAGGGGAAAUUGAAGGAUGCUUUGAAGGAGUUGGCGGGGGUCCGGGAUGAGCUGGAGGGGACGCAAGAGGUGUUAGAGAUGAACAAGUCGCACUUCCAGCUGUCGCUUGAGGAGCUUCAGGGACAACAUACGACGGAGCUCAACCGGGCGGCCGAGGCGAGGAUGGAGGAGGAUAUGAUGAGGGAGGAGAAGGCCCAGGCGGAGAAGGUGAAGAUGACAGAAGAUAUGGAGGGACUUAGAAAGGGGUUGAAGGAUCGGGAAGUGGAAUUGAAGCUCGCCGAAAGUAAGAUGGGCGGUAUGGUGCCCAAAGCGGAGGUGGAGGAGCAGCUGAAGAAGGCCGAGGAGGAGCACGAGAAGGAAGUCGAGCAGUUGGAACACUGGGUAGAGCAGCUCCAAGCACAGCUCGCUGCCGCCAAGAAAGCCGCCGCCACCACUCCCGCCCCGACCUCCGCGACCCUUCCCAAGGUCCUCCCUGCCGCCGCUGUCUCCGAGGUCCAUCCUACCCUCGUUUCCGCUACCGAGAGCCAUGCCCGCGGAUCGACCUACACUGCGCCCGAGACCCCCUCGCCCAAGAAGCCCUCGGCCAUCACCCUCGACCCGGCGAGCCCGGCGUCCCCGGCCUCUACUGGGGCUACGGCUACUCCGGAACCGGCGCUUAAGAAGAGCCUCUUGGCGGAUAUGCGGGACCUCACUCCGUCCAAGAUCGCUAUCCCGCCUUCGCCGAUGGUAGAGCAGGAGCCAGUCCACUUCGGUGGGAGGCGAGGGGCUAGCGAGGUUAGCGAGGAUGCCGAGGACGACUAUAGCGAGGGGAAUGGUUCGGAAGAUGGGCCAGAUGGGGAAGACAUGGACCUGAGCGAGAGUCAGGACGGGAGUGUCUUGCUGGGUGCGGCGAAGGGAUUGGGUAGUCUCGUCAAGGGUCUCGUGGGAGUCUCGGUUGCGCCUGCUGGAGCCGACGUGAAGCCGUGA